AUGAGAGAGCUUCCAACUUCACCUCUCGUCCUCCUCGUUCUCUUCACCCCCGUGGCACAUUCCUCAAGCGUUCCUCCCUCCACGAGUCGACAGCUUCUGAUGCCUUGCCAGGACUCUCAACUUUGUAAUAUUAGCGUCACGGUGGUGAGCGUGGUGGAGACCUUGGUGGACCGCACAGUGGCUCUUCCCUGCAAGGCAAUACUCCACCCCCCGCACGAUGACACGCCCAACCUGCUCCUCUUCUACCGCCACCCCUCCAACAUCCCCUUCUUCAGUUACGACGCACGUACUGGGGACUUCUGGCGUGCAGGGACACCUAAGACGAGGGACGCGAAGUAUGAGGAUCGCGUGUCCCUCAACCUGACGGAGCCAAGACAAGUCCACCUCAACCUGCAGCGAGUCUCCCUCAAGGACGGCGGGGAUUUCACCUGCAGGGUUGACUUCCUGAGCUCUCCCUCCCUCACCUCGGUGGUCAAGUUGCACGUGUAUGCCAACCCCAGCUCGGGCCCGACCAUCAGAGUGGGCGGCGGUGGUCGGGGCCUUCCUGUGCGCACCCACUCUGACGUGGGUCCUUUCUACGAAGGGGAGAUGCUCAACCUGUCCUGCUCCGUUACUGGCGGUGAGUAUUGGUCUGCCUUGCUUUGCUUGCCUUGUCUUGCCCUGGCCCGCCUUGCCCUACCUUGCUUUGAAGUACGCGGCGGGGCGGGGCGGGGAGGAGGGUGCUUUGCCUUGCCUUGGAGUACGGGGCUUGGCCAGAGUGGAGGCGUCCUCUGCCUCACCCACAUUUCACUACAAACACAAACACGUCAAAACAAGCUUUUGUUUUGAUAGUGCACUCACCAGUGAGCCAGUAUGUUACGCCAUUGCCUUCGUCAGCGCUGCCUGGAAGCUGUUUUCUCUAAAGUCAUGUGUCAGUGUUUCCCGGAGGACAGCCGGUGAGUGCCGCGCGUUAGGAAUUACAGAAUACCUGGUAAUUGGUGGAAGGGGAAGGGGAUUCUCAAACACGACCACGGACCUGCUGCAGAGGGUAAGAGGAAGCUGAACUCCUCCCACAGCGGUACUGCCAGUCCUGUGGGAGGCUUUGGCCCGAGAAGUCGACUACAGCAGAAGAAGGAAUUAGCUGCUGAGUCAUUUAGGCCAUGGGAAGUAGGUGUUUCCGUCUCGAUCACAAGGGGCGGCCUGUAACGCGUAACCAACGAGGAGAGAGACAAACCGAAGAUCUACCUGCAAUCACCCCUCAUCACGGUGCUGCAGCCUGGGAGGGAGUGAGCAGGAUGGCGGUGCAGGAUGGCGGUGCAGGGGGCUGGGAAUAACUUUCCUUUCCACCCUUCCUUGUGGGGUUCUGUGGCAUGUAGUUUGUAGCCAGAGAGGGAGGAGGAUGGAAGGGCAGGGACACCUGGGGAUAUCUUUUUUUUUACGGUCUACAUCGGGCCUGCUAACAUCUCACUUUGGCCGCCCUUCCCGCCCUCCUGUUUCCGCCUGCCAUUCUCAUGCCCCAUGAACCAAUUUCCUUGAGUAUGGCCCAAUGUGUGUGUGUGUGUGUGUGUGUGUGUGUGUGUGUGUGUGUGUGUGUGUGUGUGUGUGUGUGUGUGUGUGUGUGCGUGUGUGUAUGUGUGUGUGUGUGUGUGUGUGUGUGUGUGUGUGUGUGUGUGUGUGUGUGUGUGUGUGUGUGUGUGUGUUACAUGGGAUAUGGUUCUUUCACAAAUGUUAUCCCAUGAUUGACAUUAACGGUGAUAAGGGAGAGUUCCUUA